UAAUAAUAACUUCAAUAAAUUCAAAUCAAUGAGUUUUAUCGAUAACAAUACGGAAUCUAACAUGGCAUUGUGGGUCAUCACUAUUAUUCUUACCAAAAAGGUUGAGGAUUGAUAAUAAGUAAAUUUUGUUUGUAAAUUUGAGAAUUAACACCCCUGCACUGCAUUUAUUUUAUUGGAUAACAUGAACACAUUUAGAAUUAUCAGAAAUGUUCCAGUUCAAUGGCGUUCUUUCUCAAGAUGCGCAAUACUCCGCCAGGAAGUUGUUCAGGCAGCAACUCCUCUCAGUAUACCGGUCCCUGAAGGCGUAGAGAAACCCAUAUCGCCUAAGAUCGAAAAAAUAGUUUCUGACAUAACCAACCUCAACCUUCUUGAAGUGUCAGAACUGAGCCAGGUCUUGAAAAAGAGGCUGAACUUGCCUGACGCCCCGGCGAUGCCUAUCGGUGGAUUUGCGAUGGCUGCUCCGGCCGCUGCUGCGGAAGAAGAGGAUGCUGCUCCCAAGAUAGUCAAAACAAGCUUUACUGUAAAGAUGACCAAGUUUGAUGACAAACAAAAAGUAGCCCUGAUCAAGGAAGUCAAGAGUCUUUUGGAAGGUUUUAACCUUGUCCAAGCAAAGAAGUUUGUUGAAAGUGUACCCACUGUUGUGAAGGCAGACAUUUCCAAAGAUGAAGCCGAGAAACUCAAGGAGGCAUUGUCUAAAGUUGGAGCUGUUAUAGAAAUUGAAUAGAUUAAGUGUUAGGUUUAUUAAUAGUCUGUAAAUUAUUUAGAAAACAAUAAAUAUUCAACCAUCA